CAAAAAUAAAAGCUGUAGGUAGUCAAUUAGUCAUGAUUGAAGGAGAUAAAUUUGUUGAUUCCUUAUAAUUUUCAGGUCAGUAAAGUGAUAUUUUAAUCUAAAAAAUUGCCUUAGAAUGAAUCGGGUUGGGCGCGUAGAGCCAACUCCGCCGGAGUGCGCGCUCGCAGCUGAAAUGUUCGAUCAUUUUUGCUCGGCUGGUACCAUGAAACAAAUUUUAGCUCUUCAUAGAGAAAUAUGCAACACACUCAAUUUGAAACCAAACAGGCUUCCUGAUUUUUAUCCAAAAUUAAAGGCCAAGUUAUCUAGUUCGUGGAAGGCACAAGCUCUUUUUAAAAAGUUUGAUACGCGCGCUAAUCAUAAAGUGUACAGCAAAGGUCGCGCUUGCACUCAAACCAAGGUGCUCAUAAUAGGAGCUGGACCAUGCGGCUUGCGUGCUGCCAUCGAGUGUCAACUCCUUGGCGCCAAAGUGGUUGUGGUCGAAAAACGUGACAGAAUGUCUAGAAACAAUGUUCUGCAUUUGUGGCCCUUUGUCAUACACGACCUGCGAGCUCUGGGCGCUAAGAAAUUUUUCGGGAAGUUUUGCGCCGGGUCCAUAGACCACAUCUGCAUCAGGCAGUUACAGUGCAUACUUUUAAAGGUGUCGUUGCUAUUAGGCGUAGAAUUUCAUGAAGGAGUCGGUUUCGAAGAACUGCUGGAGCCUACCGUUACAGAGAACUCUGAAACGUUAGGUUGGCGUGCGAGAGUUAGUCCUAUAGACCAUCCUGUGGCGCAAUACGAGUUCGACGUUCUCAUCGGUGCAGACGGCAAGCGUAACACACUUCAGGGCUUUAAACGUAAAGAAUUCCGCGGAAAACUUGCAAUGGCUAUCACAGCUAAUUUUAUCAACCGACACACCGAGCAGGAGGCGUCGGUACCUGAAAUAAGUGGAGUUGCUUUCAUAUUCAAUCAGAAAUUCUUCAAAGAUUUAUACGAGGAAACUGGAAUAGAUCUCGAAAAUAUUGUAUAUUAUAAGGACGAUACCCACUAUUUUGUAAUGACAGCGAAGAAACACAGUCUAUUAGAUAAAGGAGUUCUUUUAAACGAUUUUGCGGAAGUUUCUCGCUUGCUUAGCGUCGAAAAUGUGGAUAGAAUGGCACUAAUGCGGUAUGCGCAGGAGGCAGCCCGUUUUUCUACAGAUGGACGUUUGCCUUUGCGUGAUUUUGCCCUUAAUCAUUACGGAGAACCAGACGUAGCGCUCUUUGAUUUUACUUCAAUGUAUGCAGCUGAAAAUGCCAGCAUGGUAUACGAUCGACACGGUAGGCGAUUACUAUGCCAGUUGGUUGGGGAUAGUUUGCUGGAACCGUUUUGGCCGACGGGAUCCGGAUGUGCGCGCGGCUUCCUUUCCGCACUUGAUUCAGCAUGGGCGGUCCGCUCCUGGGGACAGACUCCAAAUCCUCAUCCCCUGGAGGUUAUUGCAGAACGAGAAUCCAUAUAUAGGCUUUUAGCUCAAACAACACCCGAGAAUCUUCACCGCGACUUCGGUGCGUACACACUUGAUCCCGGCACACGGUAUCCAAAUCUCAAUCGAGCAGCAGUCUCACCGCAUCGAGUUACUUCCUUCUACGAUUCUGAUGAACCACUGCCACUCGAUGCUGUGCCAACUGCUAAGAAGAGGCGUCGAGAACCGGAAAUAUCGGAAGAAACACUCAUCGCUUGGGUGGGAUAUACGGAACCGGGACUAAGAGCUGCUACCGGUCCGGCUGCUCUAUCCGAGCUACUUAAACGAUACCGACCGGAUCUUUUGCCAACGGAAUCGUCACCGAAGGCAGUUUACCAUAUAUUGCAGCAAGAAUUUGGAAUUACGCCAGUCGCAACUAAUGGAUCGACUCGUGACAUCCCGGAAGUAAAACUGCGCUCGUAUCUACUUCGGGUGUAUCUUGCUUUCAAGGGUGAAGUGCCUCAUAUAUACCACAAGACAGACAUGUUCGAUCAGAUUAAAAAAAGUCAGCAGACAGAGAAGAAUAUUCGAAACACAGCAGACCAUUCAGUUUCUGUUUAUUCAAACGCUGCGGAUACUGACAAAUCGCACUCGAGCUACAGAAAAAAGCGGCGCUCCGUUCGCACACAACAAGUAAGUAACGAUCCUGCAGAGUAUAUAAGAAAAAAAAUCGGAAAAUUAGAUCUAAAUGAUAUUACACAACUAGCGCGUCUUAUUGAAGGCCAUGAUACUAUUCCAAACGAUGAACAGCGAGCUGAUAAGCAAAAGGAAUUACAGGAACAAAUAAUCACCUUGCUAGAUCCUGACGAUUCACCUGACCCGAAAACCAUAAGAGAUUCCUUAGCACAACUUUUGCAAGGAACGACUAAAUCUAAAGUAAAAUCAAAAAGUAUUAAAGACCAGUCGAAAUUAGCACAUUAUUUUCAAGAAGGCAAUAAAAAUAUUGAAAAGAAAAUGCCAAUUCGUAAAUUAAAAGGUUUGGACGCUGACACAAUCAAAAUUCCUGAUUUCUCGGACAUAUUUCAAGACGAAUCUGCCGACACAGAUGCUACUUUAACAGCCGAAGUAGAAAAAUCAAAAAGAAAACAAAAAUCGACAUCUCCUACAUCUAGUAAUCAUAAGAACAAAGAAUUUGUUCGGGCUUCUUCAACAGAAGUACAGCUAUCGCAAGCAAGAAGAUUAUCCGAAGUAGUAGAUGCACAGAGACAAAGGUGCUCGCAGAGUCCAGAAAUAUCUUCACGGUAUGGUCGUUCGAAUUCUAUAGGUUCUCCAGAAAUGGCAUUUAAUACGAGGCGCAUAGCACAGAUGUUUGAAGGUAAGAAACGACAGACUCACAGUCCAGAAUCUAUUGCAGUUCGUUCAAGAAUAACGGACAAUCCAGAAAUGGCAUUGAGGUGGCAACGUAUGGCUGAUAUAAUUGAGGGAAAGUGCCGUGACACUUCUAGUCCAGAUCGUUCGAAGCGAUCUGACUCCAUUGGUAAUCCUGAAUUAGCUUUACGUAGACAACGUGUUGCUGAUUUAAUUCAAGGUGGAAAUAAGUCGCGUCAGAGUCAAGAAAACUUGGUGCAACGAAGGAAUUCUGGUGAAAUUGCAUUUAGGAUGCAAAGAGUAUCAGAAAUGAUGAAGAAGAAAAACGCCGAGGUGAAAAGGCCAAAAAACUAUGGAAAAAGAAAGGCAGCUCGUGAGAUUAUGAAACAGCGUUUUGAAAAAAGCCUACAAAUGUUAGCAGCUGAACCAAGGCUUGAUUUUACUUCUUCCGCGGAUUUAGAAAACGACUAUGGACUACAGCAGUACCGGGCCAGUGCACCACAGUUUGACGAGCGAGUUAAGAAAUUGGAGAAGAAAUUGCAACAUUAUGAAGAAGGCCGCAUAGUCGGAGGAGGAGCGCGAUCUGCAGGCGGUGGUGCUCGUGUCGCCCGCUUGGCUGCAGAGCUGUCGAAUACUACGACCUCGUCGGUAAUGCCACGCUCCUCGAAACCCAAAGAUCUUAUGAGAUCCGUAGGAAAAAUAGAACGAGAUGACUGGAACGUUAAAGAAAUCGAACGAAAAAUUAUGGAGAAUAGACUCGGCCGGCCCGAGCCUAAAACUGCGGAAAAGGUCCCCAAAUGGGAUAGGGAACAAUUUCUAGGUCGUCAACGUCGACUCAAAGAAGGCGAAAAUAAUGAAGAAAAGUGGGGAGAAAUUGACGAAACUCUUCAUAAACUAGACCAAAAAUUGAGAGACUCUGGACGGCCAGUUCAUGGAACUAAAAAGGUUGCCAAGUUAGCCACUAAAUUUGUUAAGAAGGAAGAACCAGAAGCUGAAAAGGCAUUAUCUAAAGAAGAGCUAAAGAAACCUUGGCGUGGUCCAUCGUCGGCUGGCAUGCAAUGCGCUGCUUGUGGUACUCGCGUAUUCGCAGCGGAGGGCGUAGUCGCGGAUGGUCUGCAUCUGCACCGGGCCUGUUUCCGAUGUGCAGUGUGCAAGACUGUGCUCAGGCCAGGUAACUACACAAUGGAGCGGUACGGCAGUAGAUUGGUCUGUCUUCGCCACUCAGGAGUGAGUGUGCCUGACUCUAUAGUCUCGAGGGUGUUGUCGGCACCGUCACCCGCUCGUGGCGACGCACCCACGCCCACACCUGAGCGCAUCAGUCUCGAACUCUCCGACGGCGGCGCGAGAGAGAUCGACGAGGACGAGUGGACCGAUAGGAACUUUCUCGCAUCUGAAACAUCUGGAGCCGGAGGACUCAGUGAUGAGGAAGAAUCGAGUUCAGAUGAGUAUACGGACGCUGGUGAUAGUGAUAACGACGCAGAACAUUCACCGCAGCCUGUUGUUGCGGAGCCACGACCGCUCCAUUCCAAUCUCUACUUCUCAGACGAUUCUUUUGGAUAUGAUGAUUACUCGGAUGAUGGAGCGGAAUCAUCUGGCAACGAAUCAUGUUCGCGUAUGCGCGCUGCUCGCGAGGCUCGGCGGCGUGAGGUGCCAGCAGAAGCGCGGCCGCCUACUGAUAGCAGCGAGGUGGAGUCCGAAGAGGAAAGUGAAAGCAGUGAUGAAGAAGUAUCAUCUGCGACUGAAGUAUCAACGGACAGCGAGUUUGCUCGUGAGGAAUGUGCGCCGAUGUGUGCGACGUCUCCACCUGCCAUCUUGGUGACGGAGGCGACGCCUCCUGCACCCGCCGCGCCACCGAACCCACCAGAGUAUCCGCUUAGCAGGACUCGUUCAGCCGGCGGCUUGGCCACUAAACGAGCACUUGAGUUAAAAAGAAAAUAUCUUCUAGGUGAACCCUCCCCUCCCACCGUGAGAAAAUCAGACUCCACCUCACAAUUAGAUACUAAAUUGGAAGCAUUUCGAUCUACUAUAACUGAAUUUCAAAAGUUAUUACAUCCUGCACCAGUUCACCCGCAGAAACCUAUUGUUACGUUUCAGUUAAAUACAGAAGAGAAAAAAGUACAGCCUAUGCCUGACAUCAUUAAAAACUUAUGCACUGAUGCCCCUGUAGACUUAUUAACAAAAGGCGAUUCACCGCUAUGUAAUAAUGAUUGGAGAGAACCAAUUAAGGAGGAGAGACAAGAGCCAGAUAUUGAAUCAGACUCCCUCUCUGAAGAUGAUUCAUCGCAUACCGAAACUAUACCUAAUCAAUCCGUCCCCAGAGUUGAGGUGCAUGACGAAGGUGGAGAACUAAUACAAUUAGAUAGUUUGAUGAUUAUUAAUGGUACUGUUGAUGAUAACGACGAGAAAGCUUCCGGGACAGCUACGGUAACGGGACCGACUAUUGUUGCAGUAGACUCAGAGUCUUCAGAAUCUUGCAGGGAUGCGACAACACUAGCAUUAACUGAAACAGAACUAUCGGACUGGGCUGCUGAAAGUGCCGUUUUAGACGAGUGUGGUUUUGAUGAUAAGGAAGACAGAAAAAGAAGUAAAAAUCCUAGAAGUCUCAGUGGACCUAAGUUAGUGCAUGAAACCAAAAAUAUAUCUGCUAUACAGUCCCAUGUAUGUGGGAGGACCAGCCCCACUGAGCCGAUAGUGUUCUCGAAUGCCCAAGAACAUUUUGAGUUUGCUGAUGAAGGAGAUCAGGACCCAUCAAUUGAAACACCUGUAACUCCUCGCAACGAAGGCUAUAUGGAGUUAAUAGAUGACGAAUAUGAUUCUUAUUUUCCUACUAAUGACCGGUCAAUGAAUUUUAUAGAAAGAAGCUUCUCCGAAACAACAAUUAAACCAAACGUUACAAGCAAUGUAUUUAAAGAAAAAGAAAUUGCAAACGACUUUUCAGAAGUAAUAAAAUAUAUCGAUGAUCAAGAUUCUAAAACUGAUAGUGUGUCUAAGGAGGAAAUAUUAAUAGCGAAUGUUGAACCGCAAACUAAUGAUUCUUUUGAAAAAUCGAAUAGUAGUAGUGAGAGAAAGGACGAUUCCUUAUUUCGCGUAACAGAAGAAGUUACAGAUAAUCACGAUACAAGUAAAAGUGACGAUUUAAUAAUAACUGGUAGCUUUUCUGAUAUUUCGCCACCUUUGGAAGAAGACGAUAAUGAAAGUAAACUUGAUUGCAAUAAAAUAGAUGCUGAAAUAUCACUUGAAGACAUUUCACCUCCUCUAGCUACUGUCGAUAAAUCGAAAUCUCAAAGUAGCAUUGCUUUUACAUCGAAUAAGCCAAUUACUUUUGCUAGUCCUUGUAGUCUUAGAAUAUAUGCACCGGCAAUCUGUAGAUCCGCUAGUGAAACUUUUAGCAGAACAAAUGUACUGGACACAAAUUCACCAGCACAGACUGUCGAUUGGUCCUGUCACGUAAGUUCAGACUCAAUGUCUACGACGAGUCCGACCCCGACACGAGACACCAUCGAUAAAGUGCAAGAGAUUAAAAAAGAAAGAGAGGAACAGACUGAAGUGGUUAGGCGACUUGUGUUGGAGAGAUUGGGUAACGGCCAGCGAGCAAAUAGAAAGUCAACGCGUAAAACUAAGGCUUCACCGUUGAGCAGCGUGCCGCCACCGGUGCCGCCACCACCGAUUUUGACCGCACCCCCCUCACCACCCGCACCUCUCUCGCCUCCCAUUGUUCCCAUUCUGCCACCGCCGCCGCUUCGACCUGCACCCCCGCUUAUGACUUUACCCGUCCAUUCCUCGUUUUCUGACCCCGAUUUAACGCACGAGAGGAGGAGAAAAGGUAUCAUAAGGAGCAUUUCCAAUUACUUGAACAGGCGGCUGGGACCUCGCCAAAAGUGUGUCUCGGAGCCGGACCUGACGACGCACGAUUCGCAACGACAUCGUAUUCGCGAGGCCCAUAAGUCAACAGGCGCUCUUCAAGAAGCGCCUCCCGUGCCUCCUCCUCCAAUCAGCUACACGCCACCCGACACCUCACUUUCUCCUCAACCACGUCUGCCAAGAGCGGCUCGCGGGGGAAGUGUGUGUGUGGAUGGGUGCAGGGGCGGCGGGGGGGACGAGGACGAGCGUGACGCGAUGCAGCUGUGGUUCGAAGCUCGCUGGGCGCGGCUGGUGGCGCAGAGACGUGCGCGCGAGGAGUCUCGCGACGACCCCACCGCACGCAAUGUGGCCCGCCUACAGCGGCGACUCUCACGACCCCUGUCCGCGGAACAGCAAGCGGCGACAGUUGCCGAGCUAGUGCAAGUAUCAGCCCAGCGUCAGGCGCAUCAAGCAUUAAUGGCGGCAGAUAGAAGACGUACCGGUGCUAGCAGUGGGGUUGGCGAUUAAAUUAACUUUAUCUUAUUUUAUAUGGUAAUAAACAUACUUUAUUAUUAUUUCUAAAUCGUUACGCUUCGUAAUCAAUAUAUUAGUAUAAGGUUGAAUGUUGUAUUCUAUCACAUCACAUUUUCUCGGUAUUAUAUUAAGUAUAACAAUUAUUUUAUAUUAUCAUAGAAGCAUAUUUCAAGUAACUCAAUUUAUACAAAUUAAUUGAUAGGUGAAACAUUUAAAACUCCCUAAGUUCAAGUGAAAUAUAAUUAUAUUAUUAGAUAAACGUGAAAAUUACUGAAUAAAAACUAUUUAUAUAUUUGCAAGAUUAAAAAAAAAAUAUUUUGUUAUAAAGGAAUUACUGUAUUCAUCCUCGUACAGCUGGAUGUGGUUUCGCAGUCAAACUAAAUACAUGCAAAUUUGCCUUAAACCUGACUUCAGCGUGAAAUUCUAAUAAAUGUUUUCUCAAAACAGUUUAGAUGUUAGAACAUGUUUGUAUGUAUAUAUACAUGUAUUAUAUUUUUGUACGGGACAAUUUUGCAAAUUUAUUUUCACCAAGUUAAUAGUAUGUUGUCAAAGGUUAACGUAAUUCGCAGUGUAUAAUGCGUGAGAAGGCGAAGAAAUAUUAUGUUUUCUUUUCUAGAAAUCGUCUCAAUUUGUUUUAUGCGAAGGCUGUAGAGGAAAAUUGACGUUAAUACAACUUCUUAGACGUUAUGGAACGAUAACAUGAAAUUUAAAAAAAAAACUAUGUUUGUAUUGCACUUUCACCGUUUUGUAACGGUGAUUUAUGAUUUUAUAUCUUCAAAAUAGAACGAUAUCACUUUCAUACACAUUUUAACAAUAUUUGUUCUAAGAAAUAAUUUAGUAAUUAAAUGCAAAAGUUAGGUAUACAAAAAACAGCCAGCUCUCUAGCAGAUAACACAAUGUGAGAUACAUCACGUGAUUAUUUAACUUAGGGCUUUAAUUACAUAUUCAUAUAAACUUAUAUACAACUAAAUUUAGAAGUAAACGUUUACUCUCGCUGUUACAUGCAUUGCUGAUCACAAACACGCCCACUUAAUUUCAUCGAUUGCGUAUCAAUCAACAACGUUAUAUUCGCUAAACUUGCUAAAUAAAUGUAAGGCUAAUUAAAAAAGUACGCUUUCAGAGUUUAAGCAUGAAUAUAAAAUGGCUAUUUUUUUAUAUUUACUGUCUUCGUGUAUAAGCUUUAUUUGUAUUUUUAAAUGUUUAUGUGUAUUUAGAGGAUUCACUCCUCGAUAUAGCUUUAGGGGACAUUGAAAUGACAUAUAAGUCAGUAAAAACUGCAAAAUCGUCCCGCUAUUAGUUGUGAACGGUGUGCUAGAUAUGCCAAAUGAUUAUAUCAAAUUAUAUUUAAUAGUUAAUAUAGUUCUAUUAAAUAAAUCAAGCACAUAUUAUGUAGUACAUUUUCGUCAUCAUAUCAAGGAAGGAACUCACCAAGAGCAUCCGGCGAGACAAUUGCAUCAGUGAAUACGUCAAGUUGAACAUUGCAAAUAGUCUGUCAUUGACUGUCAUUGAGUCAUUACUGAAUCGAUCAAUCAAUACAUAUACGAGGGUUGUGAACGUAUCUGAAACUGUGUGAAAUUUUAUUGGUCGAAGCAGAAAUGGUUCCGCUCGACACUGUGCCACGUAAUGUUAGCUGACCGUUCAAAUCCUGUUUACGUUAUAAGCGAGCGCUCUUUAUGAGGUUCUUUAAUACACAAAUAUCCAUCUGGACAAAUUAUUCGGGUGUUCAGCUUUAGACAGAAAAUAAUAAUAUUUCUCGUCUAAAAGAUGUUGUAAAUUGUAUUAGUUAGUAUUUUUCUUUGAUUACAAAAAAAUAUGAUACGUUAUAUUAUUUCAUGAAAAACCAUUUGAAUUUCUUGUCACUCGUAAUCGAUAGAAGAAUGUAACAAUCUGCAUAUUAUAUUAAGAUGAAUAAAAUAUUAUUAGUAAUAUUGGAUAUCAUUUUAAUAAAUACAUUUUUCUUAAAUUUAAUCAAAAACAAGAUAAUAAAAAAAUAUAUAACCAACAAGGAAUUGCGAUUGUUAUUAUAUUUCUAUGAGAAAAUGUAAAUAAAGCAAUCAAGCAUUAUUUUUUUAAGAAUUUUAUUGUAUUUUUUUUUUGUUGCAAUAAGAUACCUUAUAUAAUUAUAGAAUGAGUAAGUAGCGUAAUGACUGGCACCCAAGGCUAACACACGCGUUGCUUGCAAUAAUGCUUCCUGUGCUAUGCGUAUUAAAAUGUUUUAGAUAUAAGAUAAUUAAUAAAGAUGAUGGUAUUUUUAUAUAGAGACAAACGACAAAAGGAACAAAAUAUAUUUAUGCUGAAAAAUUAUACAUGUAUUAGUCAUUGUGAAAAGUAUGAAGUAUUACAUGAACAGUAUACAAUAUUAUAUUCAGAUAGUAAAGAUGCUUACAAAAUAAUUAAAAAUUUUAGAUUAUUUUAAUAUUGAGUCCCAUUGGAAUAAAGUUUACGUAGCAUAACAAACUAGAGAAGUCGCUUUUUAAUUGGUCACUUUCUUUGUGUUAUAUCAUUUAUACUACGCAGCUAUAAGUUUGUUUUGAACGUAAUUGUGCUAAGUAAAACCAGUAUAAAAUAUUUCAGUAAACUAUCUCGCAGCUAUUUCUAUUAUUACUUUGAUUAAUUAUCUUUACUGGUUUUUACUUACACUAAUAGUGUUAUAGAGAAAUGUCUCAUGGACUGUUGGUAUAUAUAUUAUAUCAAUUUUCUUUUAGAAAUUGUAAACUAACAUAUACAUAUAUUCAUGCCCUGUUGUAUUUUAUGUCACAAUAUGAAUUCCGAAGAAGAGAUUUAUUUAUUUUUAACUUUCUUUUUUAAAUUAAUAUGUGCAUGAAAGUUUAUCAUCAACAACUAAUUAGGUAUAGUAGCAAUAUAUUAUUAAGAACAAUAAUUUUGUUUUAUAACCGAAUUCUUAAAUAAUUUUACUCAAAUAUGAGACAGUGGUUAUUCUCAUACUCAAGUUAAUACCAAUAAAUCCCCUUUUUUAUUUAUUUACGAGUUAUAUAGUUUUUCUUUUUUAUAUGCAAACUGUUGAUAUUCAGGUUAUCGUUUUUUUUACUAUUAAAAUUAACCUAAUUGAUAGGUUAAUUUAAUAGAAAUUUUGUAGUAUUUUGUUUUUUUUUUAAUAAAGAUUUUUUUUAAUGUUUUGAUUUUUCGUUAUUUUGUCGUCCCUUUUUCCGCAUAUAUUGCAUUAAAUUUAAAUAGAAGACGCAGUCAUUAUCCAUCGUAAAUUGUGAGCUGAGUGAGUAAUAGCAAGAGUUUCACCAGCAUGUAAGGAAACGUUUAAAAAUAUAAUAUACUUUAAGUUUAUUAUAAUAUACAUUUAUUAUAAUAAAGCGUACAUUGUGUAAUUUUAUAUUUAGCUAAGGUUGUAAAACAUAGACUUGAAUAACUUGUUCUCAAUUAUGUUUUAAAUAAGGUAAAUCAUAACUUUUUAUUUGCUACUGUUUUCCUUAAUUGUGAUUUAUUUAACAUCUUAUUUUUAUUCCUUCAAGGUUAUUUUUAUUUAACAGUUUAAAAAUAAUACUAUUUGUGCUGAUGUAAAAUCACAAAUAUUACAUUUUUAAAUUAUCUAUGCGCUUUAUAUUGUCGUCCUUAACAUAACUGUCACUGUGGUUGUCAUUAAAGCUUAGUUUAAAAUUAAGAUAAGGCCAAUUUAUGGUUACACACAAAGCAAUGUACCUCCUUAUUUGUAUGCAUAGACAACUU